AUGGAGGCAGCACCACCUCCAAGAGCCCCGAGUAUAGGUAGAAGUAAAGGUAGAAAGCCACCUGUUUUCGGUAGAGGCAGAAUCCGCAAACGUCGCUUGGAACGUUGCGAUUUUGACACAUUCUCUAACCUUCCCAAGCACUCUAUUCUACAAGACGUUUCCGGGAUAGAAGAAUCACGUCCCGAUGCUACAGUACUAGAACGAGAACGUGAUGUUGACGAGCAAAUGAUUGCUCACACACGGGAAGAGUUUCGGCGCCUAAGCAAAACACCUGGUUAUCAAAGUUAUUUGGAACAGUUCCAUCCAUUACCUCGUCAAUAUAUCGAUGAGUCUAUACGGGGGGAUGAAGAGAAUUUUGAUCGAUAUCACGGUAUAACACACGAUUGGAUCGGCGAAAAAUUAAAAUUGGGGAAUACCCCAAUAACCCUCGAGGAGUCGGAUCUAAUCUUAGACAAUAUCAGAUAUCCAGAAACGCCAGGUCUGUACGAGUUGUUGUUCAAGAAAGACCCUCGUGGAUAUAAUCAGACCUAUCUGGAGCACUACAUGGAUAUGCUAAAACGGACCAAUGCAUAUCGACCAUCUAAACUAUUCAGCGUAUGUGUGGUACCCAUUUAUUCCAACACAUUCAGCACAUUCUUUUACACAUUUGGUGAAAAUAGUAGGGACUAUAUCGUUCCUGUGACCGGGAUAGUUGAUAGUAUAAAUAUACCUCCCAAAAUAAGAGUGAAAUGUGGUCAAAGUGAUGUCAAAGUCGACACACACCUGUCGAAAGGGGAUAUUCUGAACUUCUAUUCAUCUCAUGAACCAAAACCUGACCUUAUAGGUAAUAUCGUGAUGCGCUGUCCAAUCAUACAAGAAUGA